AUGAGGGAAUAUAUAAGGGUCGACGGAUAUCAAGAAUGCCUUCAUUGCCAAUACACCCAUCCAUCGUUCUCCGUCUACUAUCCGCCGACCUUCUACACCGUUCACAAUCACCAAAACUUUUCGCAACACAUUGCGGACCCUAAUAAGCCAGAUGAUGGGCUGUUCCUCUAUUUCUUCCCCAACUGUACAUUAAAUGUGUAUGGUGGAGGGAUGUCCUCGUUCCGAGUUUGCCCAACAGAAGACCCAAAUAUCACCCGAAUGGAAUUCGACUACUACCACAUGGAAUCCGGUGAGAAGUUCGAAGAAUACUUCAAGUUCGUCCGUCAGGUCGCCAUGGAGGACUACGAGCUCUGCGAGAAAGCCCAGGAUAACCUUGGCAGGGGAGUGUAUAGUGAAGGAAUUUUGAAUCCGGAGAAAGAGAAUGGUGUUUCCUGUGAGUACGACAGAUUUCGAAGUCUCCAUGACCCCACUACUAAUGGCGCUCAGUCUACCAGGACCGAGUAUUUGAGUUGGUGUGCCAGCAACAUGCCGCAGAUCAGUUAG